CUUUGUGAAUACACCUUGGAAGAACACAUCACGAAUAAUGAGGGUGGUCUGCUGAUGAAAAAGAAGCUUGCCUAUGAAGUUCUUGACAGUUUACGAGUGCUUCACUGUCAAAACCCUCAAAUUCUCCACCGAGAUCUGAAACCACAGAAUGUUUUGAUUGAUGUUAGUGGAAAGGCGAGACUAGCUGACUUUAGUAUGAGUAGACAGUUACCCAAUGGCCAAACAACUUUGCACACAGCCAGUGCAGGAACAACUGGAUGGAUGGCUCGAGAGGCUAUACCCAAAAAACCUGACAUCCCAUACAAGUCAAGCACUGAUGUACAGGUGGCAGGGAUGCUGAUCUAUUACAUCCUCUCUGGGGGCCACCAUCCGUUUGGCGAACACUAUGAAUGUGUGUACAACAUUCACCAAGGGAAGUACUGUUUGGAUCAUGUUCAAGAUGUGGUGGCAAAGGAUCUCAUUCAGUGGAUGAUCAAUAAAGAACCAACGGACAGACCAAGAGUGGAAGAAUGUUUGAGUCAUCCCUUCUUCUGGCCUUGUGACAAGCAAGUUCGAUACUUGAGAGCAAUUGGUGACAGAAAGGAGGUGGUAAACCAUCGAAAUGCUGGUCCAGAACUGCUUCAUUCUCUGGAAGAAUGUGUGAAGGAUGGAUCCUUCAAACAGUGGAAACAUAAGUUCCCACAGUGGCUGUUUCAGAAGAUGGAUCCCAAAAACAAAGCCUACCCUGAAACCACUCUGGCAUUCCUGCGCUUCAUACGCGUCCUCUACGUGCACUAUGUUAAGGAUGCCGAGAAAGCCAAAGUCAAUCUAACUGCAUGGUUUCCUGAUCUCUUUGGAUGCAUUUACAAGUUUGCCAAGACCCAAGGAUGGAAUUCAGAGACACCGUUGAAGGAAUUCUUUGAAAGAGAAGACAUCGGAGCCACCUUUGAGUUUCAAGCCACAAACGCUGAGGACCAUCCGAGUGCCCCAGUUCAAGAGACUCAACCCAGUGAUGCUGAAUUAAAGAAGGAUGAAAGACCUUGAAAAUGAUUUCAAAGUCUGACAAGCCAAGAAAACAAGAAAACGAAGACACACUUAGACACUUCACACAUAAUCAUGGCAGUAAAGGUGUUACUACUAACAUCAA